GCCUCAGUCGCUGAGCAGGUCGGUGAAUUGUCAGAGCGUUCGGGGCGGCUGCUGAGCCUGGGCGGCCGCCGGGCUUCUGCUCCCUCUGAGGUGCUUGCCCGAGCCAAUGUGCCCGGGUCAGCUAGGGCGAGAGCAGUCGCCGGUUCGGGGCAACUUGGGAUUCAGGACCCGCAGCAGGGGCGUCGGAUUGCGAUCGGGACUCGGCGAGGAGGAUGGAAAUCCUGUAUGAAUGUGGAAGCCAUUAGCAGAGUAAUUGCUGUCUGUUACCAUGACAACCAGCCGCUGCAGUCACCUGCCCGAAGUGCUGCCAGACUGCACCAGCUCCACUGCACCCGUGGUGAAGACCGUGGAGGAUUGUGGCAGCCUAGUGAAUGGGCAGCCACAGUAUGUCAUGCAAGUUUCAGCCAAGGACGGGCAGCUGCUGUCAACAGUAGUGCGGACUCUUGCCACCCAGAGCCCCUUCAAUGACCGGCCAAUGUGCAGGAUCUGCCACGAGGGCAGCAGCCAAGAGGACUUGCUCUCUCCAUGUGAAUGUACGGGCACCUUGGGGACAAUUCACCGGAGCUGCCUGGAGCACUGGCUGUCGUCCUCAAACACCAGCUACUGUGAACUCUGCCACUUCAGGUUUGCAGUCGAGCGCAAACCCAGGCCGUUAGUGGAGUGGCUCAGAAACCCAGGCCCCCAGCAUGAGAAGCGGACUCUGUUUGGAGACAUGGUGUGCUUCUUGUUCAUAACUCCCCUGGCCACCAUCUCGGGCUGGCUCUGCCUGCGGGGCGCCGUGGACCACCUGCACUUUAGUAGUCGGCUCGAAGCCGUCGGACUGAUUGCACUUACUGUCGCACUCUUCACUAUUUACCUCUUUUGGACACUAGUGUCAUUUAGGUACCACUGUCGAUUGUACAACGAAUGGCGUCGGACCAAUCAGAGGGUGAUUCUCCUCAUUCCAAAGUCUGUCAACGUCCCUUCCAACCAGCAGUCCUUGCUGGGCCUCCAUUCUGCCAAGAGGAACUCAAAGGAGACAAUUGUUUGAUAUUCGUGUGAUUGGUUGGUUGGUUGACUCGUUGUUUGGGGUUUGGAAGUUUCUGCACUGGGGCCAUGGACUGAGCCACCCCAAACCCUUCCUUAAGCCUGUGGCUCUGAGAACAUCCAGAGCCGCGUUAGCACACCGUCCCGCACAACGAGCUCCGCCAGAAGGAAGCAAAUGCUCUUUGACUUCAGAUCAUGGAUGCUGCAAUCAUAUGAUAUUUGCUAAGCUGCCAAACAUGUUUAUUUAGCAGAUACUGUAUGGAAUUUUCUGAACACCUCUUUAACCUAUGAGGAAGGUUGUCCUGCUAAGGAUGCAAUUCAAUUCUUCCUUUUUUAUUACUAUUUCAAAUAUAUAUAUAUAUAUAUAUAUUAAACUUAGAUGAUAAUCAAAAUUGAAAAGCCAAUGUUAAAACUGGUUUCUUGGUUUGGAUGGGUUGUGUUUGGGUUAGUUUAUUUGUUUUCUGGUUCCUACUGUACAUUCUUUGGGGUAUUUGAUAGCCUGAGUGGUCUUUUUCAUCUCUUUUAUGUCUCUUACUCAAGGGGACAGCAUAACAACUGCAGAACAAGUCAUAUUUGGAGGAUGUUUUGUACUAAACUUCAUUUAACUAUUCAGUUUUUAAAGGAGAAAAAAACAAAAGGCGUGGCAGCUCUCCCCACAGUGAGCUGUUUAUUUAAAUUUCAUUAAGGAGAAAAAAAAAAUUACAGUGAGAAGCACGCUCCUUUCAACCUGUUUGGUACUGACAGCUGAUAGAAGCUAUUUUCUAAUAAUAAAUAUCCAGUGUGUGAAAGACAAACCCCA